UAUAUUAUAUAAUUACCAUUUUACGAUUUUAACUCAUUGCACAUUACGCCUGUAAAAUGAAUAGAAUUUCAAACCUACUUUAAACCAGGAAGAAUUAAUGUCGUAGCGAGGUUUUGGUUUUGAUUGACGAGAGCAAGAUAUACAAGUAUGCAUGUAGUUGACAAGUUAGUGAGCAAAAACAAUGAAUAGGAACAGGAUGUGUCGAUUAUUCCUUUUAAUUUUGCUGGUAUACCUUCACUUGGGAUCACUUUUCGCAGGUAUAACAAAUGGAAAAUCUACAGUAAAGUCCGGCUGGAAUAAGUAUAAUUGUAGUUUAGCUGUGCCUACAUCUUUUAGUUAUGGAACACAGGAUGACAAUAAUACGCACAUGGUCGCAGGCGGCUUGAAUACUUCCGAUACUGACUUAUGGAUUGGUGUCUACAAAACAAUGCUGAGUUUCACGUAUAUUGGAUGCAUCCGGGUCUAUGAAGUUAACUCCAGCGGGGAAAGUAAUGUUGACUACCAAUAUAUUACUACGGAGUACGAAGUGCCAAGUAUCGGAGAUUGCAGGGUUUUAACGGGCUGUCAAACAAUUGGAAUAAAGAAAAUUGAAAAUAAAAUGAAGUGCAUAUGUAUAGAUAACCUGAGCUUAACGAACAAUGACAAUUGCACUAGCCUGUGUACUACAGAUGAACUUACUUAUGCCUGCGGCUUAGAAACCGGUGACUAUUACUCUUUCUACACAACAGAGAAAGGUACAGAGUGCGAUGGAUGCAGUAGAGUUGGCCAUUGUCUUACCUUUAAAUAUGACAACAACGCAAAUAAAACACUUCUUAACUGGAACACGUGCACGCAAAAUUCUUUUUUAAACAUCCAAUGCAGCCAUAAGGCAUUUUACGAUUCAACAGCAACCGCAAAUGCCUCUGGAAAGUAUGCCGCCAGUUGGAUUGAGUCAGUCCAAGCAUGUUUUCAAGACGGAAAGUAUCCUGCAUCCUAUCAAAGCCUUCGAAAUGGAAAAUAUGACGGGGAUGAUAAUCAACUGCAUUGGACAGGAGUUUUAAGGAUAUUGUCUCCAAUUACAUUGAAUGAGACGGGUUUUGAAUGCGUUCCUAUUAUGGCUGGAUACAUCAUUAAGGACUCGAAUGAAAUAAAGUUUAAAAAACUCACUGACACUGCGCAAAUGCUCAGUUUGUGCACACCAGGUACACAUGCGGUGAAGGAGAUCGAAACUUGUUUGCCGUCAACUUGGCCAACGACAACGGUCAUUGAAAGUGUCACCACAGACACAACUCCGUCAAAUCAAUAUACACCUACUGUAGGAAAUGCAGACUCAGCGAAAGGUGUACCCGCUGGAACGAUAGCUGGUGUAAGCGUGUCCCUGGUCGUUUUGAUGGUUGUUGUUAUUAUCAUUUUGAUAAUUCUAAGAAAACGUGGUUUAUUACUGACCGGUAGGCAAACUGAGAAAAACAGAACGGCUGAUGUCGUAAAACCCUCUACUGUCAUUUCUGAUCCAUUCUUGGAAACAACAACAAACACACAGCAGAAUGAAACGCCCACAGACCAUUGCUAUUUUGUGUUGGAAUGUGCGCAUGAAUCUAAAGCUUAUCAUUUACAAUGCCAAGAGACCGAAGGUAGUACUGAGGAAAACGAGUAUAAUUAUAUAGAGGACACUGGCGAUUGUAAUCAGUCGUACAAUGACACUCUACAAGAUUAUGAUACUGCGAAAAUUACACACACCCAAAAUGCGAACCACGACGAAAGGGGAGAAAGCUUUAACGUUUACAACAGAAUGGAACAAAGGGGACCAGAUGAAAGCAAUAAUGAAUAUGAUCAUAUCAAUGGCGGAAAAUCACUUUCGUCGCAGAAAAGUUCUGAAACUGAAUAUAACUACAAUGCAACAAAAAAUGAUGGCGAAGCGUAUAGUCAUUUGAAAUCGAAGAUGACGCUCGAAAAGGGAAUGGCAGAAAACACAUAUAACGUCACAGAAAGUUCGAUUAAUGGCGAUGAGUUUGACACCGCUGGAAAAGGUAAUGUUGAUGGUUUUAACGAAAUCACUGGCAAUAAUUACGACAAAGUGGUACUGGAACACCUUAAUUUGUCAUCACGGUAACAUUCAUGUGUAUCAGUUAAACACUACGGAAGAUGAGUUAUGUAUACAAAUAUCGUUACUGUUGAAAGAAAGUGUACUGUAUAUAGGUAUUGCAUCAAUGUUGAGAUAAAACAUUUCAACGCAUUUUAGUUAUACUAUGUUUUGAUGACAAAGGGCGAGAUGUCUUUAAGUUGAAGAGCAUCGUUAUCUGCAGUGUGGACAAAUCUAACAUUUGCCACACAACUUAUUAAUUAUCAAAGAAUGUUCCCUUGUCGUCUGAACAGCAAAACGGACUGAAGAACUUGGGGUUUACCUUAUUAAUAUUUGUUUUAUUAUUAAAUUUCCUUAAGUAAAUGGAUAUUUUGAAAAGAUUUUACGUUUGUUUUAUUUUUAUUUUUUUAUUUAGGAUUGAUAGGAUAAGAGUGAGGUUUGUGCACGUAAACUGGUUUAUAUAUAGUAUGUAUGUGCUGUUUGUGGAGUUUUGUGCGGUUCUUCCCUAUUUCUUGUUUGUGAUUAUUUUUUUGUGUUCAAUGUCUUUGGCGUUUACCCAGUGCCAUUAAACCGGGUUUAUGUUUAAACAUUUUGCUAGUGAGCUUGUUUCUGUAGUUUUUCACAUAAGUCUGGACAUCUGCUUGUGAUUAUCUUGUUUAAGAUGUUCUUACUUUUAAUAUCGAUAAAAAAAUUCAUAUGAUUGACAUAAUGCACUUGUUUCCUUUAUGAAACAAAUUACAGUGUGUUAUUUUUAUUGGUCGAAUGUAUUGGUUUUGAUUUCUGUUUUAGUAUGUUCAUUUAUGUUUCAAAAACACUAAAAUAUUUUAUAUUGAAUUGCCUUUGUAAAACAUCUGAUUAGCUCCUUAAGAAUAGAGACAACUAUAUUAUGUGUUUGAAAUAGUUCGUGUGAAUAAGAAAGACGAUUCAGGAGAAAUACACCCGGCAUAAAUGCAAGGUUAAAACCCCUUACAUUGCAAUGUGACAGUAACGCCAAAAAAUCGUCAUUAUCAGUAAAUAUUUACACCCCAACUUCCAUUCCUUAAAUGAACUGCCUUUCAGCAAUUGCAUUCAUCAAUCGAUGAACGCAACAUCUUCGGAUAUGUUCGGAUCGCAAUUCAUCGCAUAACAAUAUACAUGAAAACUAUUGAUCUUGUUAUUGUUUGUAUUGUGUCAGCAGGUCCCGUAAAAUAUAAAUAAACAUUUUAGAAAGUGUUAAUUUAUUAUAUUUUAAAUGUAU